AUGCCGCGUGUAAUUGGUCUAAUGAGCGGAAGUUCAUUGGAUGGACUUGAUAUCGCUUGUGUAGAUUUUUCUGCAGAUGAAAAGUGGACAUUUCAGAUUGUUCAUGCUGAAACGGUUCCUUAUUCAUCCGAGUGGGUGAAAAGAUUAUCGACUGCUACGGAAUUAGACGCUCGCGCUUACCUUCUUCUGCAUACAUCCUAUGGUAAUUACAUAGGCGAAUGCGUAAAUGAUUUUCUUGCGAAAUACAAACUAGAAGUGGAGAAAAUCGAUCUUAUAGCUUCGCAUGGUCAUACGGUUUUCCAUGAACCAUGGAAUCGAAUGACCGGACAGAUCGGAGACGGUGCUGCGAUCAGCGCACGAACUCGCCUACUUGUUGUCAACGAUCUACGUGCUAUGGAUGUGGCUUAUGGUGGUCAAGGUGCACCAAUCGUUCCAAUCGGCGAAGAAUAUCUAUUUAAUGAAUACCGGCUAUUAUUAAACCUGGGUGGAAUUGCCAAUAUGACCGAUCGGAAAUAUCAAAUUGCAUUCGACAUAUGUCCUGCAAAUCGGAUAUUAAACAAGCUUGUGCAAGACUAUCUUCAAAAGGAAUAUGAUGAGAAUGGCCAACAAGCGUCGAUCGGUCAACUUAAUUCAAGUCUGUUGACGACAUUAAAUCAAUUAGAUUAUUACCGAAAAUCUUAUCCGAAAUCGUUAUCGAAUUCAUUUGGUUUGGACGUUGUCUAUCCAUUGAUUGAAAAAGAAAAUGGCAAUAUUAAUGAUGCUCUACAUACCUACGUUGAACACAUUAUUCAACAGAUAUGUCACUCGAUUGAAAUGAUUAUUGAUAAGGAAAAGCAAGGCAAGUCUGCUUAUGCCAAUUGUAAAAUGUUAGUCACAGGUGGUGGUGCGCAUAACAAGUAUUUAUUUCAAGGUUUACAAAAUCGACUUCGCGAUCAAUUCCAGAUCGAAGCAGUUUAUCCCGAGAAGGAUGUAGUUGAUUUCAAAGAAGCGUUAAUAAUGGCAUUCAUCGGUUUAUUGCGAGUACAAAAGAAAGCGAAUGUUUUAGCGUCAGUGACUGGGGCCGAAAAGGAUUCGAUUGGUGGAGCUGUUUGGCAAAACUGA